GUGGCUGAAGGAAAUAAAACUGAAAUCCUGGAAAGACUUAUCGAUGACAAGAGGAACACUCUCCGGAGUGGAGCUCGAGCAGGUAACCUGAACCCUAACGAAAGAGCGGUUACGAGUAGCUUCUCUUGGUUUGGAUAUGAAGGCAAAGCUCGAAGAAAGAGAGGAUUUCAAACCCUGGACGGCGGAAACCAUCUUUGAUCGCUAUUGCUGCUCUGAAAUCGGAUGAGAUUUCGUCGAAAUACGCCAAUUCAUCACCGGGCUCGAAUUUGUCUAUGUUGAAUUGGCCGGUGCGAGUUGCUCUUAGGGUUCGUGUUCUCCGAGG